GUUCUGUUCAUUCUACAGGUUGUGCGAACCGUAAAAAACGAAAAGAAGCGGGACAAGCAGAAGGGAAGAGGAGCGAGUUUUUGGCUUCUUGUCGCCGGGACUCGGCGCUGUUUCGGAGCUGCCGCAUUGCAACAGGCGGAGAAGCGGCAGCGAAGCGGAGGAGGAGGAGAAGCCGAACGAGUGCGCUCUCCCGCCCGCAUGGUUAGCCGAAAACACGGAACGGAACCAGGCAAUUCGUGAUUUAAAAAACUCCAAAAGUACUCCCAGAGCAGACAUGUCGAGACGAAAACAGGCCAAACCGCGCUCCGUGAAAGCUGUAGAAGAAGGAGAGUCUUCAGAGCGUGGGGGGACCUGGGAUGAGACAACUGUCCAGACAGAAGUCCCUGCGUCUGACCAAGCUGCAGACACCAAAGAAAGUAAGGAGGCACCUAUUGUGGACGGAGACCAAGAUGGACACGAUGACCGUGAUGAACGUGAUCAUGAUGAAGACCUAGAUGAUGAGUCUAUCUUCACCUGCGACAACUGUCAGCAGGACUUUGAAUGUCUGGCCGAGCUGACUGAACACAGAACCAACCACUGCCCAGCUGAUGGUGAUGAUGACCCUGUGGGCCUGUCGUGGGUGCCUUCCUCACCCUCCAGUAAAGAUGUGGCGUCGCCGUCACAGAUGGCCGAUGGCUGCUGUGACCUCGGCAUGGCAACGGGUGGUGAGGAGGAAGGAGGCACAGGUCUUCCGUAUCCCUGCCAGUUCUGUGACAAGUCCUUCAGCCGACUUAGCUACCUGAAGCGCCACGAGCAGAUCCACAGUGACAAGCUGCCUUUCAAGUGUACCUUCUGUAGUCGUUUAUUUAAGCACAAGAGGAGCAGAGAUCGUCAUGUCAAGCUCCAUACAGGAGAUAAGAAGUACAGCUGCCAGGAAUGCGAAGCUGCAUUCUCUCGUUCAGAUCACCUCAAGAUCCACCUCAAGACACACAGUUCCAGCAAACCAUUCAAGUGCAGUGUGUGUAAGCGUGGCUUCUCCUCCACAUCAUCAUUGCAAAGCCACAUGCAGGCUCACCGCAAAAACAGAGAGCACCUAGCACUGAGGAGUGAGAGGGAUGGAGUGAAGAAGGGAGCAGGAGGAGAAGGUGACCAGGAUCAGGACCUGUAUAUGUGUGAUUACUGUGAAGAAACGUUCAGCCAAACUGACGAGCUCGAGAAACACGUCCUGACCAGACACCCGCAACUGUCUGACCAAGCCGAUCUGCAGUGCAUCCACUGUCCUGAGAUCUUCUUAGAUGAGGCAUCGCUUCUCACGCAUAUCGACAUGCAACAUGCCAACCGCAAACACAAAUGUCCUGUGUGUUCAGAACAGUUUCCAUCCGUAGAGGAUGUCUACUGCCACCUUGACAGCCACCGCCAUCCUGACUCCUCUAACCACAGUGCUGCCAGUCCUGACCCCGCACUUGGCAGCGUGGCCUCAAUGAGCUCAGCCACUCCAGACUCUAGUGCCAGCCUGGAAAGGGGCUCCACACCUGACUCCACCUUAAAGCCUAGUCAGGGCAGUGAUCGAGGCUGGAGAAGAGGCACUGACGCAGGCGAAGAAAUGGUGUUAAAUCUUGGUCAUCAAGGUGGAGGUGGAGGAGGAACCUGGGGGAAAGUGACAUACUCUUGUCCUUACUGCUCUAAGAGAGACUUCCACAGCUUGGCGGUCUUAGAGAUUCAUUUAAAGACCAUCCACGCAGACAAGCCACAGCAGAGUCACACCUGCCAGCUUUGCCUGGAUACACUGCCAACACUCUACAACCUCAACGAGCAUGUGCGUAAAGCUCACCGUGCCAGUGGAGGCACUGUAGGCACUACAGCUUUACCCCUGUUGCAGUUCACCAAUGUGACGGCGUUCCACUGCAACUACUGCCCAGACAUGUUUGGAGACAUCAACUCUCUACAAGAACACAUCCGAGUGUCCCACUGCCUGCCUGGUGGGAUUAUGGCUGGAUCCACCACAUUAGAGGGGAACCAUGCUUUCUUCUGCAACCAGUGUUCCAUGGGAUUCCUGACAGAGUCUUCGUUGACGGAACACAUUCAGCAGACACACUGUGCCUCAGCAGCAGGGGGCGGGGUUGCAUCCGGCGGAGCGGUGGCCAAACUGGAGUCCCCUGUUCUCCAGGCUGCAUCUCAGUCCUUUAUGGAGGUUUACUCCUGCCCUUAUUGCACCAAUUCUCCUAUCUUCGGCUCACUCCUCAAGCUCACCAAGCACAUCAAGGAGAACCACAAGAACAUCCCACUGGCUAACAACAAACGGCAAGCCAAGGUUGCAGACCUCAGCCCUGCUUCCUCUGAUGUAGAGAUCUCCUCCCCGAAGCGACACAGACUGGGAGGGGAUUCCACCCCGUCCUUAGGGAGCAAUGGUGACUACCCGUGCAACCAGUGUGAUCUGCGAUUUGGCAGCUUUGAUGGAUUCCAGGCCCACCUUAAGUCACACCUUGAGAUGCUCUUGAAGCGUCAGUCUUGUCCCCAGUGCAACAAGGAAGACUUUGAAUCCCAGGAGGCAUUUCUUCAACAUUUGACUGUGCACUACACGACCACCUCAACACAGUAUGUGUGCGAGAGCUGCGACAAACAGUUUUCCUCUGUGGAUGACCUCCAGAAACACCUCCUGGACAUGCACACUUUUGUCCUGUACCACUGUACUCUAUGCCAGGAGGUCUUUGAUUCCAAGGUUUCCAUCCAGGUGCACUUGGCAGUGAAGCACAGUAAUGAGAAGAAGUUGUUUCGCUGCACAGCUUGUACCUGGGACUUCAGGAAGGAGAUGGACCUCCAGCUCCAUGUUAAGCAUAAUCACCUCGGACAGAGGUCAGGCCUUCCAGCGGGGCUCGGAGCAGGACUCAAGCCCCGAAAGUGUAUCUUCUGUGGGGAGACGUUUGGAACAGAGGUGGAACUCCAGUGCCACAUAACCACACACAGCAAGAAGUUUACGUGUCGAUUCUGUGGCAAAUCCUUCCACGCCAUCACACUGCUGGAAAGGCAUCUGAGGGAAAAGCACUGCAUCUUCGAUGGUGGGAUCAUCACUGGGAAUGGUGGCGGUACAGGCAGUAGUGGGAGCCAGAACGGGACACCUAACGGACUGGCACAGAAUUCCAAACGAAUAGGAGGAGGCAGUGGUGGCAAUGCAAGUGUAGGAGGAGGCGAAAGAGCAACAGUAGCAGCUGCUGAACAGGCUGACCUCCAGAAUAUGCUGCUGAAGACUGGAGUUGGGGGAGGAGGCAGUGGCCAAGGAGCAGAUGCAGUCAACAGCCAUGAAGCCAGCGGUGGUGAGGAGGAACUGGACAAUUCAGAGCCCAUGUACGCGUGUGAUAUCUGUGGAGCUGCUUACACCAUGGAGUCUCUGCUGCAGAACCACCGGCUGCGAGACCAUAACAUCCGACCGGGAGAAGAUGACGCUGGCUCUCGUAAGAAGAAGGCAGACUUCAUCAAGGGAAACCACAAGUGCAAUGUGUGCUCCAGAACGUUCUUCUCUGAGAACGGUCUUCGUGAACAUGCGCAAACACACCGCGGCCCCGCCAAACACUACAUGUGUCCAAUAUGUGGCGAGCGUUUCCCGUCUUUGCUAACCCUUACUGAACACAAGGUGACCCACAGUAAGAGCCUAGACACAGGGACCUGUCGAAUCUGUAAGAUGCCCCUGCAGAGCGAGGAGGAGUUUAUAGAACAUUGCCAGAUGCACCCUGACCUCCGCAACUCCCUCACCGGAUUCCGCUGUGUCGUCUGCAUGCAGACUGUUACCUCUACCCUGGAGCUGAAGAUCCAUGGCACUUUCCACAUGCAGAAGCUUUCCACUGGCUCUUCACUGGCGGGACCUGGAGGAGGAAGUGGGAAUGGAGAAGGUAGCGGCUCAGCCUCUUCAUCUCCCAAUGGGCAGCUGCAACAGCACAAGCUGUAUAAAUGUGCGUUCUGCCUAAAGGAGUUUAAGAACAAAGGGGAGCUGGUGAAGCUGGAUGUCAAUGGGCUGCCUUAUGGCCUUUGUGCUGUUUGCAUGACCAGGGGCACAAAUGGCCAGAGCCCCAGCCAGGGAGGAGCUGCCACACCCGGUGACACGCAGGGAGAGAAGGCAGCAGCAGGCCUGAGGUGUCCAGAGUGUGGGGUGAAGUUUGAAACAUUGGAGGACUUGGAGAGUCAUGUCCAGACAGAUCACCCUGAGGUCAGCCCUGAAGGUAGUGCAGGUGCAAAGAAGACUGAAGCGUCGCCUGCACCUAAGAAAACCUACCAGUGCAUUAAAUGCCAAAUGACGUUUGAGACAGAAAGGGAGAUCCAGAUUCACGUCGCCAAUCACAUGAUUGAGGAGGGCAUCAAUCACGAGUGCAAGCUGUGUAACCAGAUGUUUGAUUCACCUGCCAAGCUGCUUUGCCACCUGAUAGAGCACAGCUUUGAAGGCAUGGGAGGGACCUUCAAGUGUCCCGUCUGCUUCACAGUGUUUGUACAGGCCAAUAAGCUCCAGCAGCAUAUUUUUGCUGUUCAUGGUCAGGAAGACAAGAUCUACGACUGCUCCCAGUGUCCUCAGAAGUUCUUCUUUCAGACUGAGCUACAGAACCACACACUGAGUCAGCACGCGCAGUGAGGCCGAGGCCCGGCAGGAUCUCUCGGCUCAGCCGGGCCCCCGACCCGGAGCCGGCGGGGGACCCCCAUCUCCACAUCACAGCCAAUCAAAGUGUCAUUUGCUACUCACAUGUAAAACUCUAACGAUCGCGCCACUGGGCGAGGCUAUUAGGAGCAGCGGGGGAAAGGAAUAUUAAUGGGAUAUGCUAUUAAAUAAAGAAA